GCGAUGCAGAGAGAGUGCGUGAGCCAAGGGGGGGUGGAGGACUGGCAGUGGGUGCGCAACAGGAAAGACUGGGACCAAGGGGUGCCACGGUACGGGCCCGACAGGAAGCCGUGCCGCUACAUUAUAAUCCACCACCUGAGUCGAGAUCCGUUCCCCAGACGGCAUAGACCUGCCAGUGGCAAACCGCAUCCUGCAGUGCGGCGUGCGCAUGCACUACCUGCCGCCCACCCAGCCGUACCCCGAGGAUCCGUCCAUGGCCAUGCCGACCCUCGGCGAUCCGGGCGGCGGAGCGGGCGGCGGUGGGAUUGCGGAGACUUACCGGUCGUUUCGCACGAUGGGGGUGUUUGUAUCGUCUCUGAACAUUCGACACAUGCUGGAUUUGGAAACGCACUAUGCGCAGCACCUCACCAUCGGCAACACCUUCGUCAGCUUCUGGUCGCUUACCAACGAGGGCAGGGAGACCAGAAAGGAGCAGCAGCUGAUAGAUGCGGUGAUGGACAUGUGGAUUCUCAGCUUCAG